CUCCGGGUCCCGGGCUCCCCUCGGGGUAGGCUCCUGGGCGGCACGUGACAGAAGCCGCACUGAAGCGCGCAGGCGCACGCACUCAUGCGCACGCGCACGAACUACUCACGCACGCGCACCAACUCACCCACGCGUACAAUCGUCCCCGCGCACGCACGAACUCAUGCACGCGGACAGACGUGCCCAGGCACGCGCACGCACGGGCCCACACUGGAACAGGAUUGGCUCCUGUCGCUGAGAAGUCGGGGUGCGGUCGCGGGCCGGGAACAGGGGGCUCCGGGCCCCUGAUUCCAGGGACUCUGUCCAUCACCUGUCAUUAGUCGGGAAAUGUGAGCCUCUGUACCUGCCAGGCCCAGUUCUAGCCACAGAAGGUACCAGAACGAGACAGCUCCUGCCAGGAAGCCCGUGUCUUCCUGGGUCACCUGUGUCCCCGCCCCUUCUCAGGCUAGGUGUUACCUCCUCGGGGUAAGACGUCCACCACCCCGGCUCGGCAAGCCCAGAGUAAGAGCCUGGGACAGUCCGAGCUGCUCCUCUGACAUGGGGGUGCUCUGUGUCCACUGGGGACACCCAUGAGCACAAUGGGGCCUCUCUGUCCUCCGUCACCUGUCCAUGACGUAGGGCGUUGGUGACACUUCGACAUCGGAGCUUCGUGCCUCUCCUCUCUUCACUCACGUGUCUUCCCAAAGCUGAGGCCAGAGGUCUCCCACAGCGAGCUCUCCUUCAGGUCCAGGACCGGGCAUGAGGGUGGGCACGACAGCCCCAGGCCCCAGCCACCCGUCAGUCAACGCGUGUAGACCCCAAGCAGCCACCAUGUCCCGCGGGGCAUGUGACCGCCAGGCUACACAGCCGUGAGGUCAGCCUCCAUCCGAACCUGGAGGGGGCUCAGUUUUAGAGGAAUUCCCAGGCAGGAAAGUGGGUUCAGCCUAUGCGGGGAAAGGUCACCAACUGAGGUCAAAAUGAUUCCCUCUCUCUUGCUUCGAGUGCUGUACUCAAGUUGUUGAGAGAGACCGGAAGGGACUCCAUGAAUUUCAGUGAGGCCUCGGAUGCUCAGAGGGGUCCCCUAAACCACAAAGCUCCCCAGCUAAUAGGCGGACAAACUCAGACUUGAAAUGGGGCCCUGGAGUCCAGGGUCCAGGCUCCUUCCUUUCCGCCCCUCAGCAAGCAGAGCCCUGGGCAGGUCCAUUAGCCAGAGCAUCUCUCCAUGCAGAGGGCUGUGUCGACCUAAUGGCCUCUCCCGGCCCACAAGAGACCCUCUUUCCUGCACAGCGCUAUGUUAACGCCGAGAUGAUAGGGCCUGCUGAUGCUCUGAGGCCUUUUUGGCUGUCCCAGAUGGCCUUCAGGCAGGGAGGCACUGCCAGGAUGGCACAGGAAGGGCGUGAACACUCCCGCAGCUCCUCACGGCCCCCAGCCUUAUUCUCAUUUCCCUGAAAGGCAUCCCCCAGCCUAGAUGGGCAGCCUGAGAGCCCACACCCAGCUAGGUCCAUUAGUCCCCAGCCAGCUUGUCUGCAGGCCUCCUGGGUGGGGUGGGUGCCUUCCUGUAUUUAUGCCUCAAGCUCCCCUUCCAGCAUCUCAGAGAGCAGAGUGAAGGCAUCCCAGGGACAGGACUCCUGUGAGGCCAGGGUGGGGAGCAGCCAAGGCGAGCUGGGAGAAGCCCUGCAGAGCCGGGAGCAGGGACUGGGCCGGAGCAGCUCGGGGGCAUGGAGCCAGUGGAGCUGCCUCCAGACGUUGGAGUUAGGCACCAGAGCCCGGUCACCCUUCCCCGAAGGACUGAGCACCAUGUCGGGAGCAGGAUGAACGGGACUAUGCAGAACUCCUAUGUCCGGAUACUCCCCCGAAAUGACUCCAUGAUAAACACACCGGACACCGCUCCUGAGGUGCUGAGCAUCCUGGCCACGUUCGUCUGCGUGUGCGGCAUGAUGGGCAAUGGCCUGGUGGUCUGGCUGCUGAGCUGCCCGGGGCAGAGGACCCCGUUCUGCACGUACAUCCUCCACCUGGCCGUGGCUGACUUCCUCUUCCUCCUCUGCACGGCCGUCACCCUCUAUCUCGACCCGACCCUGCUGGCCUAUGAGGUGAUGGAGAGAGCGAGGUCCUUCACCUACACCACCAGCCUGACCCUCCUGACGGCCAUCAGCACGCAGCGCUGCCUGUCUGUCCUCUUCCCCAUCUGGUACAAGUGUCGCUGCCCCCGGCACCUGUCAGCCGUGGUGUGUGCCCUGCUCUGGGUGCUGUCCCUCCUGAUGAACGUGCUGGUCUCGCUCUUCUGCAGGGAGUUCUGGUUCAGCCUAAGGCAGUGUUACACGGUGGACGCCGUCUUCAGUUUCCUCAUCAUGGGGAUCUUCACCCCAGCGAUGACCCUGUCCAGCGUGAUCCUCUUCGUGUGGGUGCGGAGGAGCUCACAGCAGUGGGGGCGGCCGCAGCCCACACGGCUGUACGUGGUCAUCCUGGCCUCUGUCACGAUGUUCCUCAUCUGUGCCCUGCCUCUCGGCAUCAGCUGGUUCUUCCUCUAUUGGCUGGACCUGCCCCAGAACCGGAAGACUCUUUUCCACCACAUGGCCUGCCUCUCCUCGGCCCUGAGCAGCGGUGCCAAUCCUGUCAUCUACCUCGUGGUGGGCAGCCAGGGACACUGGUGCUUGCGGGAGUCCCCGGGGGCCAUACUCCGCAGGGUGCUGAGGGAGGAGCCUGACGGGGAGGGGAGGGAGACACCCCCCACCGGCACCAACGAGCUGGGGGCCUGAGAGCCUGGGCGCCCCGGGGAUCUGCAUGCCUUCCCUGCCCAGUGUCGGUCUGGCCUGCUGUUAACAGCCCCAAAGCCUUGCCCCUCGCCCUGUUGGGGUCUCUUUCUUCUAGGCCAAAGCCCCCCAUGCCUUGAUGUGGUCUGGCUCUCACAAUGGGACUCAGCUGGGAAGACAAAAUGCAAUUUUUCCUGGGUGUCACAGGGCUCUCCUUCGCUGAGGCCUGGCCUGUGGAACCUGAUUGUCCCCCAGGCUCUGUGGGUGGGUAGCCUGCUUCCAUGUGAAUGCGGAAGCACAUUCUCCAAGCCUCCUGCUCCCCUCCAAGGACAUCUUUGUGCAGGAGGCAGGGUGUGGGUCCUGUGACUUUCUGGCCUGAUGCUGGUCCUUGGGCACAUGCUGGUGGCAUCAGCUGACCGCCAGGGGGAUGCCCAUGGUCUGCCUUCCACCAGGGGUCCUGCUGACCCCUUCCAUGACUGCAGUCCUUGGCCAGCCAUGUCCAGCACUGACCAAACCCACUGGCCGGAAGCCUCGUCCUCCACCUGGCCCAGGACAGCGCUUGACCCCUGACCUUUGCCUUCCGGCUGCUGUGCAGCACCACACCUGGCAACCACGGCAGCUCUGUUUGCUUUGCUCCAGGAGGCUGCCCUGGAACCAGGAGAGCCCCUGCUGACCCCCUGGAGAUGCACAACAGAUCCUGAUGGGACUGUGCCCAGGAGGCAGGGGCAAAAAAACUGGAUAGGGGUCUUCCCAGAGUUGCUACUAGUCCUAAAAAUGUGUAGGAUGUUAGUGACAUUACAAGAAUGGGUUGUGACGGGUGCUGCGUGGCUCAGUCAGCUAAGCGUCUGCUUUCAGCUCAGGUCAUGAUCCCGGGGUCCUGGGAUCGAGC